GGGGGGGGGGGAGAGAGAUUAAAAAAAAACCUGAAGGGGAGAGAAAAAAAAGUAUGUCCGGUUUUAUUUGGAGAGACGCGAAAAACAAAACCCUUUGAAUGUUGGGGUUGAGGUGCGCGAAGCGGACGUGAGAGGGAUGGAGCCAUUUUGACGGACGGUCGGUCGGUCGGAGCAGAAAGCACAAGACACGAAGGACUCGGGCGGGCGGGAGGUUUUUUUUUGGCCGGUGCUUUGGGUGAUCAAGUGAUAACAUUGAAUAACCAUGGCGACGGAUAUUGUAGCUCCAAAUCCCAGCUGUCGAAUAAUGACCUUUUAUCCUACAAUGGAUGAGUUCAAAAAUUUCAACCGUUACGUUGCGUAUAUUGAAUCGCAAGGAGCUCAUCGUGCUGGUCUUGCAAAGGUGGUCCCUCCAAAAGAAUGGAAGCCUUGUAGGAAUUAUGAGGACAUUGAUGACUUGGUGAUUCCGGCCCCUAUUCAGCAGGUAGUGACUGGCCAGUCCGGUCUCUUCACACAGUAUAACAUCCAGAAGAAGCCAAUAACUGUUCGAGAAUUCAGAAAAAUUGCCAACAGUGACAAAUUUUGUACCCCUCGCUAUGGAGAUUUUGAAGAUCUAGAGCGCAAGUAUUGGAAAAAUCUCACGUUCAAUGCACCAAUCUAUGGUGCAGAUGUCAAUGGUACACUCUACGAUGAGGGUGUGAGUGACUGGAACAUUGGACACCUGAACAGCAUACUAGAUGUGGUAGAAAAAGAGAGUGGCAUCACCAUUGAGGGUGUCAAUACUCCCUACCUUUAUUUUGGAAUGUGGAAAACCACCUUUGCUUGGCACACUGAGGACAUGGAUCUGUACAGCAUCAACUAUCUGCACUUUGGAGAGCCGAAAUCAUGGUACUCUGUUCCUCCGGAGCAUGGGAAGCGAUUGGAGCGCCUGGCUAAAGGCUUUUUCCCAGGAAGCGCUCAAAAUUGUGAAGCUUUUUUGCGUCAUAAGAUGACUCUGAUAUCCCCUUCUAUUUUGAAGAAAUAUGGGAUCCCAUUUGACAGGGUAACCCAAGAAGCUGGGGAGUUUAUGAUCACCUUCCCCUAUGGUUAUCAUGCUGGCUUUAACCAUGGUUUUAACUGUGCGGAAUCAACAAACUUUGCCACACUUCGAUGGAUAGAGUAUGGGAAGCUUGCUGUUCUGUGCUCAUGCAGAAAGGAUAUGGUGAAAAUUUCAAUGGAUGUUUUUGUUCGCAAGUUUCAGCCUGAGCGCUACAGGUUAUGGAAAAUGGGCAAAGAUACAAGUGUUAUUGACCACACACGGGCCACUCCAGAAGCUGAUGAAUUUUUUGAAGACGAAAUUGCUGAACCAACUGAAAUCGAAUUAGCUGAAAAUAAGGCUGAACGGAUGAACACUGUUGUAACAAAAAGCGCAUCAAAACACCGAAUAGGAACAAAGAGACACCGGGUUUGUUUGGAGCUGCCAAAGGAGGCAAGUGACAGGGCUGUAGGCUUGGAAGAGGAAAGCGAUCGUCUUUCAUGUGAACGUGGAGAGUCAAAAGAGGAACUGGAGCUGAAGAAGAAAGAACUUUCUCAUCCGGCAGCUGCUGGUACCAACCAGCUUUCUCUAGAACCAGUUGAAGUAAAUCCUGAGAAACUUCCUGAAAAUGUGGCAUCAGAAGAAAAACUUACAUUGAAACCAACCAUGUCUAACUCUGAUGACAUGACAGUUACUGUGUUGAACUUCUCUGUCGCCACUCCCUCACAGAGUAAACCCAGCCUCUUUGCCAAAUCAUUAGAUUCCAGCUCGUUUGAUUCAGAGACUUCAGAGUCUCAAGGUUCUAGCCAUGACAGUACUGCAGAAGAUUCAGAUAGCAGCCCUGUUUGGAGUAGUGGGAUUAAGUCGAAUAUUGGAACUAGUCUCAAUGAACAGGACCUUGCAGAGAUGGCUGAGCAAUACAUGAAAGAGAUGAAAGCCAAGAAGAAGAGCAGACGUCAGCCUCUGAAUAAACCACCGCGGCACCAUCCAAUUCCUGUGGUGAAAGACUGUGUUAGUGAUGAAGAAAUGCCUGACUUGCUCGCAAUGGAAGAUGAUUUGAUGGAAUCAGAACCAUGGGCAAAACCACUUGCUCAUCUAUGGCAAAACCGUCCUCAGAACUUCUUGGCAGAGCGAGAAUACAACAGCACUAUGGCCCAACAUGCUCCUUACUGCUCCAUUUGUGCACUUUUUCAGUCAUACCAGGUGGAUUGUUGGGAAGGCCAUAAUUCCAGCAGCAGUACCAAGCCUGUGGGUGCAGGGGAACCCAGAAUUGAAAAGAAAACCAAACCUUUGGUCCCAGAGAUGUGUUUCACAUCAGGCGGUGACAAUUCAGAUCUGUCUCUUGCUACCUCCUAUAUUGAAGAAGAUGGAACAAGUGCCCUUGUAACGUGUGCAAAAUGCUGUGUGUGUGUUCAUGCAAGCUGUUAUGGUGUGGCUCCAGAAAAAGUGGCAGAUGAUUGGAUGUGUGUUAGGUGCUCAGAAAAUGCUUUAACAGAAGAUUGCUGUCUUUGCAGCCUUCGGGGAGGGGCUCUUCAGAAAACCACUGACAGCAGGUGGGUCCACGUAAUGUGUGCGGUUGCAGUGCAGGAGGUGCGUUUUGUGAAUGCUGCAGACCGGAGCCCUGUGGAUGUCAGCCCAAUCCCGCCACAACGCUGGAAACUGAAAUGCUUUUAUUGUAAAAAGCGAAUGAAGAAAACCGAGGGUUGCUGUGUGCAAUGCUCUCAUGGCCGUUGCCCGACUUCUUUUCACGUGACCUGUGCACAAGCCGCUGGAGUGGUCAUGCAGCCUGAUGAUUGGCCAUUUGUGGUCUUCAUCACCUGUUUCAGGCACAAGACUCCUAGUCAGGCAGAGCGUAGCAAAUCUACUAUUGUGAUUGGACAGAAAGUAAUAUCCAAACACAAGAAUGGGCGAUUUUACCAGUGUGAGGUGGUGGGAUUGAGUAAGGAAACCUUCUAUGAGGUGAACUUCGAUGAUGGAUCCUUCAGUGAUAACUUGUAUCCAGAAGACAUUGUGGGUCGGAACUGUCUUCAAUUGGGGCCCCCUGUGGGGGGAGCAGUGGUACAGGUCAGAUGGACAGAUGGACUUGUGUAUGGAGCCCAGUUUGUAGCAUCCCAUGACAUUCAGCUCUACCAGGUGGAGUUUGAAGAUGGGUCUCAAUUGAUGGUGAAGAGGGAGGAUGUAUAUACUUUUGAUGAGGAAUUGCCCAAAAGAGUCAAGUCUCGUCUGUCUGUUGCUUCAGAUAUGCGCUUCACUGGAAUCUUUACAGAAGAAGAGGUUAUCCACGAGACCAAGCGACAGCGGGUUUUAAAUUCUAAAUAUCGUGGAGACUAUGUCGAGCCAACUCUAUACCGUACAAUUAUGGAGUAAAUUUGUUGCAAUUGCUGAAACUGCUGGGACUUUACUGUUGGAAGCCAGUGGGACGGAAUGACUUUCACACUUGGUCUUAUUGUAGAUAUGUGAAUGAAGUUAAGAUGCUGCAGAAAGGUUCCAACCCUUCCAGGAACAAAGCCAGCAAGCAUCUUGCAUUAAGGGAGACUGUGGAUACCUCAAUACAGAUAUUUGAAUGGGAUUAAGAUAUUUGAUGAGAUUGUAGCAUCAUACACUGCAGACUGCAGACUAGUAUGGACUAAGCAAUGCAUUUCAUCAAGUCUUCAAUGAGCUAGAAGUAGCAUUGCAGAGAAUUUCUGUGAGAACUUUCUACACUAACAGUAUCCUGAAUGAGAGAUGCAUUUUACUUUUAAUAUUGCCAAUGAUUUGUCAUUACUGAGUUUCUUUACCGUCCAGAGCUUCAAAUGAGACCUAUUCAAUACCUGUGGUGCAGAAGUAUGCUAAUUUAUUAUACAAUAAGAUUCAAAUUAAUGCAUGGCUGCAUUGUGCCACAGGCAUAGCAGCUGUGUCUUCUGUAUCCAAGCUUUGAAAUUUUCUAAAAUUUGAUUUCUUUCCCCCACCUUAAAUUCAAUUUGAAGCCUAAAUGAAGGCUGUACAGGGCUUGCAAUUAAAAACGUGUCUGUAUUUAUAGGUGAAGAAUAAAUGAGACUAAAGGCUCUUUUCAUCAUUUUUUUUUAAAUGUAGGUAUUCAUUUGUUCGUUAAUUCAAAUUGUUUAUAAUCGAUGUGAACUAAAUUAAAUCACUUGAAUGCAAAUGCUUUCAGUGGUGAAAUACCCUAUGACUACUUGUGUGUCUAGAAUUUGGAGCACCAAAGCUUCUCAAUAGCCAGGAAUGUUUUUCUUCAAAAACUUAUUAAAUUGGUUUCUCCCUCUUCUCUCGCUUUCUGCUUUCUUUGCCUCUCCCUUGCAAGAAUGUAUGCUUGAAUGUCUUCAAAAUCAUUUCUUUCCAUCAAUGUUCAACUUAUGGGAGUCUUUGUGUGUGCUGGACUUGGUCUAAAUAAUGAAUAAUCUGUUUGCCACUAAUUAGCGUUGCUUAUUCAGUCAAGUAUUAAUUAUCUAUUUAUUCAUACUUAUAAUUGCAAUGGAAUAUUUCCCAAUGGUGUUAAUCAAAUUCAUGUUUUGUGUAGCAUGUACAGGCUUAACGUGUACGUUAUAAAUGGUAAAGGUGACUGGAAUGCAACUUGAAACAUUUCUCGCAUCUAAUCUGUUCAAAACAAAUUGUCGGACAGGAAAUAGUAGCUAGAAAAUAGCUGUUUGAAUGAAUUAUUAGUGUCCAUAAGUGGGAGUAGCCAGUUUGCAAAAUAUUCACUUAAGUAGGAUCGGUGUCCAGCUCGUGCUGCUGUAAUAGCUUUCCACUUUCUGCCCUCUGGGUGCAAAGAGGACAUUUAAAUAAUGAGAGUCCAUGUGUCUGUGCAUGUUUUUAAAUAAUAUGGGGAGAAAAAUAGCUCAAAGCUAUAGAGUAGGUACCCACCACAGAAAUAGUUUCUUUCCUGCUGCCUCAUGAGGACAGCAAACUGAAGAGCCUUCAUGAAUUACAAACUUUUUCUCUGCUUUUCCCACACCAAACAGCUACCCAACUGUGAAAACCCAAUACAAACAACUGUGGACUGGCUGAUUUAAUUAGUGAAGGUGAUCCCAUACCUAGUUCUACAGGGUGUCCACAAAGUCAUGUUUUGUUUUCUACAUUGCACUGACUCAACAACUGAAAUAUGUGGAAAAAUGGUGAUUAUUUGUAUUUAGAAGUACUUCAUUGUAUUCAGUACAAGUGGUUAACUGUAUUUAGAGGUCCAGAGGAUCAGUGAGCGUGAGCGCCAUCAUUUUCAUGGCAGAUAAUCAUCCAUCGCCAUGCGACAUCUUCCGUAACGUGGACAGACUGAUGAGGCGAAAUGCAUCUCUGACAGCUUGUUUAAUCUCCGUGGACUCGUAUUGCUGUUUUGUAACGGGUUAAGAGGACAUUGUGCACACCCUGUAGUUGUGUAAAUUGUCUUCAGGAGCGAAACAAUAUUCCUGCUGUGCCUGCUUAUGCAACCAGUAAUGAAAAACUCGCAUUUAAUUAGAAUUGGAAAUAAGGAGAGUCCUUUAGAAGCUUUGUGCUGUCAUAAGCUGCCUCUGGAGAGAUGCAUUCUGUUAAUUUUCUUGAAAUUCAUAAAAUUGAGAUUGAUCAUGAAAUUUAACAAGAUUUAUAUUUUGUCCCUCAGUGAUUAGGUCUGGUGCCUUUCAAAUCCCACAUUGAAAUGACCUUUUGAAGCAACUUGAUUUAUCUGUUGUAAUAUCACAUUCAUAAUUUGUUGUAAUGAAUAUACUAAAACUUGACAUGGGUGGGUGGGUAAGAACAUUUUAUUUGCAGCUGAGUUGCAUUUUCUUGAUUAUCACUUGUGUUCUGGGUAACUUUCUUAAGAUUAUUGUGCUGCGAAGGUGGUGUUCAUCAGUCAUGUUCUUGAAUUUUUUAAUUUAACUCUUUUAACAGGAUUGCAGGUUUACAGAUAUACACUUGUUUGUUUCUAUGGCUUAGUCUCAGACUUCAAUCUUUAAUUUUAUUUGUUUGAUUGAUCAUUCCUUGGUAAAGAGCCAACAGAUAGCCUGCCCCCAGUUAAAAAACUGCUAUUCUUUAACAUUCUGCUAGGAAAUAUUUAUGAACCAUUGGGAAGACUUUCACUUGUUAUCUGCCUACUGCAAUUUGGUUGAAGGGAGUGCCAGUGUAAAAUUGUAAGGGUGGGAACAUGAGUGCAAGGAACAUGUAAGUUGGAUAUGCAUCUUCAUGAAUAAAAUAUUGUUCUAAUUAGCAGUUCACUUCAGGAUAUCUCCUAGUAGAAAAGGGAAUAUUUGCCGAUUUUUUUUUAAAAAAAUAAAAAUUGAAAGACCAUAUCGUGCAUUAGCACUUUUUUAACCCGGCAUCUGGCUCCGCCACUGUUAUAAGCGCUCCGAGACGCCAUCUGACGUGAACGGUGCUAUAUAAAUGCAAGUUAUUAAUGUAAAUGUUGCAACAUGAAUAUUAAGCAAAUGUAGUAGUCUUUCGCAACUUCUAGUUCACCAAAACGUACACCACUGCAAUCACCUCAGGAGUCUUACAGUAAUUGAUUGUAUUGAACUAUGAAAUGUGAAAAUGACUGUUAGUUCGAGCAAACAUUAAAAGUUAAAUCACUUGCUGUGAUUGUUUUGAAACGA